AUGGGCAGUCAAUGGGUCGGAUGUGCCCUCCCAGAUGUUCUCCCCAUGACACCCGACGAAGGACCCGUUAACGUUAAUCGGGCCAGAGGAAUAACGGCGAUCGGAGCAAGCCCAUGGAUCGAUACUUUUAACAUCCCAUUUCUAUCAACCGAUAUAGCCACUGUAAAAAGGAUAGCCCGGUCGGUUAGUGCCCGUGGUGGUGGGCUUCCCUCAGUUCAAAACCUCUGUUUGGACCAUGGAGAUGGCUGCGUUGAGAUUGCGUGCAUGUUACUGGACCCGAAACGGGUUGGUGCCGACCUGGUUGAAGCCCGGGUUAAGCUUAUUGCGGCCCAAGAAGGCCUGAAGGUGGAGAAAGGGUACUUCACUGAUUUCUCACAGGAUAUGAUUGUUGAGAGAUAUAUCAAGCUUGUUUCUGUUGAUUGA